GGCUAACUCUUAUACAAAAUCUUAACCUUUAUCAUUGAAAAUUAGUUUUCUUGCCAUGAAUCUCCAGUGUUUGACCUUGCUCCUGUUGUGUGGUUGGACAUGUUCUGCAACAAAUGUGACUAUGGGUUCAACACGUUUUAAGGAGGAAUGCAUUUCCCAAACAGAGUCCUCAUCCCUGACAUACCUGGUGGAUACAACUGGUUCUAUGAGCGAUGACCUGGAGCAGCUAAAGAAAGUCAAUGACUGGAUUCUAGACAGAGUAUCAGCACAGCUUCCAUGCAGUGUCCGCCAGUAUACAAUGGUGGAGUUCAAUGAUCCAACAAUUGGACCAGUCCGAGUCACUCAUUCAAGAAGUGACUUUGGUGAUUUCUUUCAAAAUCUCUAUGCAAGCGGUGGAGAUGAUUGCCCGGAGCUGGCUAUGGAAGGUCUUGAAUUAGCAUUGGAAGCUUCACCUGAUAAUUCACUGAUCGUGGUCCUAACCGAUGCUUCUGCAAAAGAUUACAACAAUCAAACUAUAAUAGAUAACAUAUAUUCACUUAUAUCAACAAAGCAUUCAAAGGUUAUGUUUUUGCUCACUGGUCUAUGUUCUAACUUAGAUGACCCCCAAUUUCUGAUCUACAGAGAUAUAGCCUUAUUGAGCUUUGGCCAUGUAUUUCAGGUCAGCGUCUCUGAGAUUGGCAAGAUAUUUUACUAUUUGGACUACACUCUUUCAAGACCAGUAAACACUUCAAUUCAACUAUACUCUGCAAUGUUUACUGGUGGCUUUAAUUCUGAGCAUUUCUCAGUCUCAAAUAGUUUCACUUCCCUCAUAGUAAGCUCUGAUGGAAUCAUUUAUUCUUUAACCAUUAUUGGUCCAAAUGAUACUGUGACCGACACAAAAAAGGUUGUGUCUGAAAGAUGGGGAUCUGUGUAUCUUGUGCGGAAUCCCAUGGAAGGAACAUGGACAAUAAAUGUAACUGGUGAAGGACGUCACUCUGUGAAUGUGGAAGGAAUGAAAGUAAUGAACACAUCAACUGUAGCUGAUUGCUCUGAAUGUCAUCCUAAUGCUACAUGUGAAGAACUGUUUGGCAAUAAAGAAUGUUCCUGUAAUGAUGGAUUCAUUGGGAACGGAUUUACUUGCGCUGACAUUGAUGAAUGUGCCUACUCGUGGUCCAACAACUGUUCUCAUACCUGUACCAAUACAUUUGGCUCCUAUAUAUGUAACUGUGCAAGUGGGUAUAAGAAAAACGUGGCAGAUUUUUGUAUAGACAUUGAUGAAUGUUCAGACCAUACACUCAAUGCAUGUCACUCUCUAGCAAUCUGCACAAACACUAUCGGCAGCUUCUCUUGCUCUUGUCCAUAUGGCUACUAUGGGAAUGGGUUUCACUGUGAGAUUAAUGAAUGUACAACACACCUCUGUCCUCAAGACACGGACUGCUAUAAAGAAAAAGGAUCUUAUUCCUGUUUUGACCCAUGUUCUAAAUAUACUUCACUUGACGAGCCAUGGCGAAGCACAUCAAAUACAUAUGGGUAUAAAUGUGAUAAUUAUAUGUCUGGAUGGUACAGAUUUGUAGGCACUGGAGGGAUUCGCAUGCCAGAAACCUGUGUGCCUGAAUUGCACUGCAGCACAAACUUCCCAAUGUGGGUAAGUGGAUCACAUCCUAUGAUAGGCGAAGGAAUAGUAAAUGCUACCGCCUGUCUAAAUUUCAAUAGUGACUGCUGCCACGGUUCAACUGAUAUUCAAAUCAAGGCUUGUCCACUCGGAUACCACGUGUACAAAUUCAGCAGCACACCAUUCUGCAAUGCAGCAUAUUGCACAGACCCUGCUACCGUUAAUGAGCUAUGCUCUUGCGCAAAUGAUGAAGAAUGUAGACUGGUGAAUGGAAGCUAUAGUUGCCACUGUAAAGAUGGUCGUGAAGCCCUAGAUAUUGAAGAUGUGCACCUUGACCUGGUGUGCAAUACACAUGAAAUAACAGCUUCAUUCCGGACAUGUCAGCUGAAGAGACUAAACCUUAAUGUCACCAACAUCCACCUAUUAGACAACACCUGUGUUGGUAAUGCAGAUUGGAACAACACCGGAAUCAUUUCUGUUAUAAGUCCUCUGCAAGAUGGUAUAUGUGGAAAUCAGCUGUAUAAUAAUGGAACACAUGCAACCUACAAAAAUACCAUGUAUGUGAAAAUGAUAUCAGACCUGAUCAUCGUACGAUAUCAUGAAGUCCAACUGGAUUUUUCCUGUUCAUAUCCUCUGGAUUUAAAUCUCACUCUGGAACACUCACUGAGGCCAAUUAUAAGUUCAAUUACUUUGAACAUUGAGGGCACUGGACAAUUCAAAGCACAAAUGGUACUCUACAGAGAUGACAGUUACUUAUCACCGUAUCAAGGGAAUGAAAUUAUUCUAUCGACAAAAAAUAUUUUAUAUGUUGGGGUCAUUCUCGAGGGUGAAAACACAUCUCAGUAUGUUGUGCUGAUGAAAAACUGCUUUGCCACGCCUACAAGAAGUAUAGAUGAUCCUGUGAAAUAUUAUAUGAUCAAGAACAAGUGCCCUAACAGGAAGGAUGGAACUAUCAGGGUGAUGGAAAAUGGGCUGUCCACCCAGGGACGGUUUUCUGUUCAAAUGUUCAAGUUUGUUGGAGAUUACAACUUAGUUUAUUUGCACUGUGAAGCCAGCAUCUGCGAUACCACAAGAGGUUCCUGCCAACCCUCAUGUUCCGGUUUAAGGAAAAGUGUGCAACAGAAUGAAGAGAACAUUGUUUUCUUAGACUAUGGUCCUAUUCGGCUAUCAGAUGAAGGACAUAGUCAAUCUUCAAAUGCUGUUGGGACACGUGCAUGCUGGACUCUGCUCCUAACACUUCUGUUACUGUGUAUCAAGAACUAGUGGUUUUGCUAUUGCAAUGUUUAUUAGUGUAUUACACAUUGUGGUAACACACCAAAAAAAUAUUAAUACAAAAAUGUGACUUUUCUGAUGUUCUAUCCCUCUUAUCUAUGUCUUAAUAAAUACAUAUUAUUUACUGUGAUAAAGCUUUUACAUUUAAACUGGAAUAAAAUC